UGCCAUUGGGCGCCUCUCGAUUCGCGUUCCCAUUGGCUGCCGAGAGACCGUCUCCCUCCCACCCAAUCGCAGCAGGCGCCGCCGCUCCGCCCGAGUUCUAUAUAAAGGGGCGGGCGGGGGCCGCGGGGAGCAGGUCUUUUUGUGGCGCUGCUGUGUUUGUUGAGUGGCUGCGAUGUCUGGUCGCGGGAAGCAGGGCGGGAAGGCGCGGGCCAAGGCCAAGUCGCGCUCGUCGCGGGCCGGGCUGCAGUUCCCCGUGGGCCGCGUGCACCGGCUGCUGCGCAAGGGCAACUACGCGGAGCGGGUGGGCGCCGGCGCCCCGGUGUACCUGGCGGCCGUGCUGGAGUACCUGACGGCCGAGAUCCUGGAGCUGGCGGGCAACGCGGCCCGCGACAACAAGAAGACGCGCAUCAUCCCCCGCCACCUGCAGCUCGCCAUCCGCAACGACGAGGAGCUCAACAAGCUGCUGGGCAAGGUGACGAUCGCGCAGGGUGGGGUGCUGCCCAACAUCCAGGCCGUGCUGCUGCCCAAGAAGACCGACAGCCACAAGGCUAAAGCCAAGUGAACGCCAAAGGACAACACCUAGUAAACUUAUUUUCUUUCAGAAAAACCCAAAGGCUCUUUUCAGAGCCACCAGAAAUUCAUAAAAAGUGCUUGAAUUUCAUUCAUUUUAUGUUAAAAAAAUUCAGGGCACCUUUUGGGGUG